CGCAAAAUGCCACCAGCUGCCAGUGCCAUGGAUUUCUUCCAACUGUUUGUCCCCGACAAUGUGCUAAAGAACAUGGUGGUGCAAACUAAUAUGUAUGCCAAGAAGUAUCAGGAACGGUUUGGGAGUGAUGACACCUGGACAGAUGUCACCCUGACAGAAAUGAAGGCUUUCCUUGCAUACAUGAUCUCCACAAGUACUCACCACUGUGAGUCUGUCCUCAGCAUCUGGAGUAGUGGUUUCUAUAGUAACAAGAGCAUAGCACUGAUCAUGACUCAGCCAAGAUUUGAGAAGAUUCUCAAGUACUUCCAUAUUGUGGCCUUUCGUUCCAGUCAGACGACCCAUGGCCUCUACAAAAUCCAGCCGUUUCUGGACUCUCUGCAGCACAGCUUUGAUUCUGCUUUUAAGCCUUCCCAAACCCAGGUGCUCCAUGAACCUCUGAUUGAUGAAGACCCAAUUUUUAUUGCCACUUGUACAGAGCGAGAGUCACGCAAGAGGAAAAAGCGGAAAUUCAGUCUCUGGGUACGGCAGUGCUCAUCAACUGGGUUUAUUUGUCAGAUUUAUGUCCAUCUGAAAGAAGGAAGCGGUGCUGAAGGCCUGGAAGCUUUGAAGAACAAAACCCAGCUCCACAGCAUGGUGGCCAAGAGUCUUUGUAAGAACAUUGCAGGGAAAAACUACAUCGUCUUCACUGGCCCCAGUAUUACUAGCCUGAAUCUCUUCGAAGAGUUUGAAAAGCAAGAGAUUUAUUGCUGUGGGCUGCUGAGUGCGAGGAAAAGCGACUGCACUGGUUUGCCUCCAUCUAUGCUAAACAACCCAGAUGUGCCUCAGUCUCGAGGGCAGUACAGGAUCAAGAUGAAAGGAAACAUGUCCCUGAUCUGCUGGUACAAUAAAGGGUAUUUUCGGUUUUUGGCCAAUGCUUAUUCCCCAGUACAACAAGGAGUGAUAAUUAAGCGGAAAAGCGGAGAGAUCCCCUGCCCACUGGCAGUAGAGGCAUUUGCUGCUCAUCUUAGUUAUAUCUGCAAAUAUGAUGACAAAUACAGCAAGUAUUUCAUUUCUCAUAAACCAAACAAGACCUGGCAACAAGUGUUCUGGUUUGCCAUCAGCAUUGCCAUCAAUAAUGCUUACAUCCUCUACAAAAUGUCAGAUGCCUAUCACGUGAAAAAGUACAGCCGUGUGCAGUUUGGGGAGAGACUUGUCAAGGAGCUGCUGGGCUUGGAAGACAUUUCACCUUCUCAUUGA